AUGUUGCCUCUCAGCAGCUGCUGUAGACACGCGACUCGCUCGCUUCUAGCAUUCUCGGAUUCGAAUGCUGCAUGCGUAGGGCUCCCGGCACUCAGCACUCAAGUCAGAAGUUAUGCAAAGGCGCGACCUGGAGCGGUCAAGCCAAGUUCACAUGGCUUUUCGAAGGCCCAGAAGAAGGGAAAGGGUGGAGAACUUGAAGAUACAGAUCAAGCAGUAGCCACAAAACGGAAGAGGUACACGGCCUUCCUUCCGAUGCCAGUAGCUCAGUUGACACAUCCACUGUUCGAGACGGACCGGCGGAAUAGCCAACUCCAGCUGCAGAAUUUCCAUCCGGAAAUCCUCACAGAGGCGGUCAUAUCACAAGCACUCGCAUUCCCUCAAAAUGACAAGGACCCCUCCCGAAUAUUUGGGCUGCCUCGAAAUCUACUUGUUGAGUAUCGAAUCCUUUCAAAACCGUGCUCAGUAAUACGGGGUGUGACAAUCGACGUCAUCAAUAGAUUGGAUUUAGCGAGUCAAGAAGGGCAGCACAAACCACAGGCUAGUGAUUGCCGGUUCACCUGGCUGCUGGAAAGAGCGUUCUCUUGCUGCAAGCACUACAAUACUGUUAUAUGCGGGACUGGAUCGUGUUAUACUUCCCGAGAGGGGAAAAAUAACUCGACGGUCGUCGCCAGCGAUCAGUCUCGUCAACUCUACGACUUCCUACGCAGCAAUUGCAUACGCAAGCGGGCGUGGAGGUGGAGCGUAGAGGAACCUGUCCCUGCAGGCACGACCCUUGCGGACCUCGUGAAAGUAGGGACGAAGGAACAGGUAUUGGCUCCUACCGUGUUGACGGCAGUCCUAUCAGAGCUUGGAAAGCAAACUGCAUUCCCCGUUUUGCUCGCCAUCGAUGACUUCCAAGCGAUAUACUGCAAGACGAAGUAUCGCGAUCCACACUACUCCCGGAUUCAGCCGUACCACCUUUCCAUGCCACGCUUAUUGUUGGAAUAUGCCAGCGGACUAAAGCAAUUCGCCCGAGGUGCUGUCGUAGGUGCCCUUUCAGGUACAGACACCACUUUCAAGCUUCCACUUGAACUUGCGGAAGUCCUCGGCCUACCCCCAACAUCGCACUCCGGUCCAUACGCCAAACGCGUCCCGGAAUUGCAAAGCUAUGCCAAGGGGCUCUCACGGGUGAGCGUUCCGGAUGCACUCGCUGUGUCUGAAGCAACGGAGUUGUUCGAUGUGUGGACCCGUGACCGUGCUAUUCCGGCAGCACCAAAUGACGAGUUGUUCCUGGCGAAGUACAGCGAGUCCGGUGGGAAUGCAAGAGAUUUUAUCUGGAAAGAUUGUGGGGACGAGACUUGGCUAGACACAGACCAGGUUCCGGCUCGGGAUGAGGGCAUCAUUCCCUAG